CAGGGUCUGAGCAACAAUGGCACAAACCCAGGACCCAGGGUUUCAAGCCUGGUCCAACAAAUGAGAUGGUAGUGUUGUCAGCUCAGCCCAAGGAGAGAAGAGUGGCUGAAGGAAUCAGGAGUAACUUAUACAAAGGAGCCUGUAACCUGACCUGUGACCUUCCAGACAUGUCAGUCCUUCGGUUGAAUGACAUCUACCAAGGCAUGCCAAGGGAAACUGCUCCACUAAUAACAACCAUGGGAAUAGCAGGGGGUGUACCAUUAGUAGACAGUGCCUUUGGAAAAGUCCAAGAAGGUAGUGUUCUCUCCUACCAUCUUCCAGCAUGGACUCCACCAAUGACAUAUCUACAUGCGACUGCACCACCAAGACCAUCCUUACCUCUUGAUGGUUACUCUUUGGGGCCCUCGGAGUGUUGUUUUGUGCUUAACUACCAUCAGCAGCUGCACAUGAAAUCUCUUCAAACAUCAGAGAUCAUGGCGCACCAACUUGAGGAAAGCACAAGACAACAGAGCACACUGAAGGAAUGGCACCUUCUAAGAAAGCCACGAGUGACUUCCUCUAGAUUCAGAGAGGUUUGCCAUGUGAGAGGACAGUCCUCAGCGGAGAACCUGGCACUCAGGAUUUUACGGCCAGGUUAUCAGACCGCAGAAAUGAAGAGGGGUCUUCAGAUGGAGUCCAAGGCUGUAGAAGAGUACUGCCUUGUUAAGGAUGUAAACCACUAUCCUUGCGGUUUCAUCAUCCACCCAGAUGCACCAUGGCUCGGGUCAUCACCAGAUGGGUUGGUAUACGACCCGAAUGCCGAGCCUGCGUUUGGACUGCUGGAGGUGAAGUGUCCUAAUGUGAGAAGCUAUGUAGACUGUACGUACCUUAGGGUCUCCGAUGGAGUGCUACAGCUAAAACCAUCUCACACGUACUACUGGCAGGUACAGGGACAACUGCUCAUUACUGGUCUGGAAUGGUGUGAUUUUGUUGUCUAUGCAGAAGAUGACAUGUUCAUUCAAAGAAUAUACAGGGAUGGCAGAAUCAUGAAAACAAUGAAAGAAAAGGUUGAUUUCUUCUAUUUUUACUUUUAUCUACCUAUGCUUUUGGCUUGAAAAAAAAUCAUGCCAUUGACAGUACUUAUUUCAAUCAGUUUUAAUCAGUUAGUAUUUAUUUUAGGUUUUAGUGUUAAUUUGAUCAACCAUACACAACUCCUAAAUAGCCAUAAGUAAAAUGAAGAUCAGGCCUGCAUAGAUAGAGAUACUUUAUUAAUCUGACUGAAAUGUAUUUAAAUUGUUGACUGUAGAACAUGUCACCUUCAAUUACAUAUUUUCUUAUGUUCAUUUGUUCUGAGAUUAUUUAUUUGUAUCUAAACACAGUAUUGUGUAAGUGCUGCUUGUAAUGACCACAGUAAAAUACACAUUUUGUGAGAUCCCUAAAGAAAGGCUGUGGUAUCAUUUUAUUUUUAAUUUCACUGUAGCAAAAUUAUAUGUGGAACGGCCAUCAACUGUGUUUUAUAUACAGUAACGGUUUUA